AUGAAAUUAAACCCUAAAUCGUUCGCGUCCUUAGUUUCGAUUUUACUAUAUAUUGCGGAAUCAACCUUUGCAGCCGCAGUUCCUAAGAAAGCUUUUACUUCUCUUAUUGUAUUUGGAGAUUCUUAUACUGAUAAUGGUAAUGGUACAUUUGUAAUAACCAAUGGAACCGUUCCCCCUUCUCCACCAUAUUUUGAAGGAAGAUUUUGUAAUGGACCAGUUUGGGUUGAAUACUUAGCUGGUGAGCUUGGUAUUCCAUUAAUUGAUAAAGCUUUUGGAGGAGCCACAUCCGAUUCAAAUUUGGUACGUAGUGCAUCCGGUCCUGAUGCAACUUUCGACGUGCCUGGAGUCAUACAACAAAUCGAUGCUUAUAUACAAGAAUUACGAGAAAAAGGAGUUGAAAAAUUUGACGAAAACGCUUUAUUUUCGGUUGUCCUUGCUGGAAAUGAUUAUUCUUAUUCAUUAGAUCAAGGACAAGUAGUUGCACCUGAAAAAGUGGUUGAACGAAUUAUGCUAAACCUUCAAACAUUGUUUGAAUUUGGCGCAGCAAAUAUUAUCGUGAACACCAUGCCGAAUUUCUCCAAUAGUCCAUUGUACGCUCAAUCAAAUGUAUCAGAAGCCAUCACAAAUAUUGUUGAAACUCAUAAUCAAUUACUAAAAAGUUCCCUUGAUGAGUUCGUUAAAAGCACUAAAGCGAACAUAUUUAUUUACAAAGCCGAUGAAUUAUUUACUGAAUUUACCACGACAAACUUUCAUGAUGAGAUUAACGUUUCAAAAAGUUUUAAUGAACAAUGUAUCACUUAUGUUGCUCAAAAUAGACCUCAACCUUGUGAUCAACCGGAUCAAUACAUCUUUUGGGAUCGGGUUCAUGUUACUACCAAGAUACAUAAAGUUAUAGCUGAAAAUGUUUUGGAAUUAUUAGGUUGA